UCCUUCCUAAAAGCCGCCCGACGGGGAGUCUUCGACUUGGAAAGCAGAGCAGAUAGGCAACAUAACAUGUAUGCGCUGCACGACAGUAUGCAUAAGUUCUUCCUUUCCCAUCAACAAACUUUACUUGCAGCCAGGAAUGGUGUCUUAGCAACAACAUCGGCGAAAUCUUCUCUCCACAGCUGUAUGGCAUGUGGGUUCUCAACGGCUAGAACAAAGCGAGUGGGCACUCACAACGGCAGUUUCGACUGCGACGAGGCUCUUGCCUGCUUCAUGAUUUGCCUCACCAACAAAUUCUACGGCGCUCAGAUUGUCCACACCAAAGACCCUCUGGUAUUGGAAGCGCUUGACGCCGUGGUUGAUGUUGGGUCUGUAUAUGACCCCUCUCGAGAUCUUUACGAUCAUCACCAUAAGGAAUUCGAGGAGAUUUUUGGUCAUGGGUUCACCACAAAGCUCAGCAGUGCUGGCCUUGUGUAUAAGCAUUAUGGGGUAGAGAUAAUUGCAAAGGAGCUUCAGCUUGAUCAAGGACACCCAAAUGUGAAUAGGUUGUUCCUAGCAGCAAUUGAUGCUGUUGACAAUGGGAUUAAUCAAUACGCCACUGACGAAUCUCCAAGAUAUGUAAAUAAUACAAGCUUACCAUCUAGAGUAGGAAGAUUAAAUUUGGAUGGGGUGGAUACCGAUCAGUCAUCUGAGAAAGAGGAUGAAGCCUUUCAGCAUGCAAUGACACUUGCUGGUAGUGAAUUCUUGGAGGUGUAGUUUUUUGAGGCCUUAUGCUUUCAUCAAUUGCUUAUUAAAUGACUGGAUGCUAUUUAUAGAGCAUGCUUAUUUUGGAAUCUUUUGAAAAGAGUUGAUUGUUGAUGGGGUUUUGCUUCAUCAUGCUUAUGAAAAUGACGUUGCUUUGUAACAAAGUAUCUAUUUUCAU